CCUAGCUGAUAGCGUUAGCCCCGAGAUACCAGGCGCAGUAAAAUGAAGCGUUAUUGCCCUUUGUUUUUAAAUCGGAAUGGCAGACGUUGCAUAAACGCUUAGAGCUGAUUGACUGCGCCGAUACGCGUUUUGAAUGAUGAAAUUGUUCGUUUUACAGUUAAUUAUUAAAGUAUCGGCCGUUUUCAAAACAUUAUCUGGCUAGUCCGUUAGCUUGACAGCUAACUCCUGAUUCUCCCGCGAGCCAGAAAAGCGAGUAUCCAAAACUUGGCCAACACAGAGAGCUUGACGCGCAGAAACAGGUUCAUAGGUCCUGCUAACAUUACCAAUGUUGGCGAACGGCUGUCAAUAAGCUCUCCAUCUUCAUCCAAGACCCUACUCUAAUGUAAACUCAACAAAUACACCUGCAGGAGUUAUCAUCUUAUUUGAGGAUUUGCGUCGAAGUUGAGAUAAGUCCAGGUGUUUGGGCAUCAAGUCAGAUUUUACUGGCAGUCUGUGUGCUUCUAACCUACCAGCAUGUACAUUGGACAGUGGAUACCCUAGCCAAAACAGAUCCUGGCUUCUCAAAGAUGACAAGGUGCUGGCAGGCCGCAGCUACAAAAUGAUGGGAGGCACUGAGACUGUCAGUGGGGACAAGGAUGGGGUCCACACCACUGCAAUACACGUCCCCAUCGGCUGGCAGAGGAGAGUGGAGGGCGGGCAGGUGAUCUAUGUCAGUCCCAGUAGCACUGCCCUAUCCUCUCUGGACGAGGUCAAGACCUAUCUGUUGACUGAUGGCACCUGCAAAUGUGGUCUUGAGUGUCCACUCAUCAUCCAUAAGGUUUUCAACUUCACUGUGGGAGUGAAGGUGGAGCAGCACAUCCAGCCAUUAGGCAAAGCAGAGCAGGACAUGACCAAACUGUGUAACCACCGCAGGAAAGUGGUGGCGAUGGCUGCUCUGUGUCGGAGUAUGCAGGCCUCACAGCUGCCCUUUGCCAACCUUCAUCAUCCAGAGAUGAGCAGUGGAGUGGACAGCCGCAAUUCAAAGCGAGUACUUGUUGAGCAGGAAGAAGAGGACCAUGGCAUUUACCAUCCCAAACUCCAUCCGGCCCCAGCUCGACCCCACAGCAACAUCCACAUAAACCCCUGUGCCAGCCCCAAAUCUUCCUACCACUUUAUUUACCCUUACAAUGGUUCCUCCCCUGUCCUUCACACAGGCACACACUCUCACCACCCCCUCGAUGCUUUGAGAAGGCUUCCCCAUCCUCCUCCUGUUCUUGUCUCCUCCACCUCCUCCUCCUCCACCUCCUCAUUCCCAGCGUACAGCGUUGCCCAGAGGUCACCCCGCACCCCCACACCUCAAGGUCAAAGAACACCCAAAACCCCCGAGACUCCGGGUUCUCCUCGGCACGGGCCCCUCUCUUCACCUCCUCCCUCCUCCCCUAUGGCCAUGGGUGGUGGAGGAAGAGGAGCACAGACUCACGCUCAUCAUCCUCAUGGUGUCAUUGUGGGAGGCUCCCCCCUCUCUCGCUCUCCCUCUCCCUCUGUCAAUAACAUGAACUGUGUGUCUCCUCACCAGCGGUCCCGCCACCCUUCAGCUUCUCCUUCCGCUCUCUCUGAUCAUGGAGGAGGCUCAACAGCAGCAGGAGGUGGACUGAUGGGAAGUAACUUGCCUCAGAGGAGGAAAUCCACCUCUUCCUCUCCACACUCUCCUCUCCAUGGCUCCCCAAAUCCCAGCCCCCACUUUCCCAAGUACAAGCUGGAAGACAUCUUGGAGCAGUUUAAGAACUCAGGCAACGGCAGCACUAAUAACCACCACCUCCUAAUCCCUAAUAACCCCUCCUCACUGACCAACCAAAGCAGUAGCAACCCUAAUGCUCUCUCCUCGAAGCCCUUAAAGAGUGCCAUGAGUCCGAUUCUUAGCACAGGACCACCAGGUUUUGGGUUGAACUCUGCAGGGACUUCUAGUUUACCUCUGGGGCCAUUUCUGAACCACCACCACAGCCAUCAGGUCAAGCUGCCACACCCAGCUUCUUUCCCUGCAAGUAGCCUUCUCUCUGCAGCUGCCAAAGCUCAGCUGGCUAACCAGAUAACCCAGGGCCCAAGCUCAAAUGUGGCCAGCAACCCCGUGAGCUUGCCCUCUUCUCUGGAGGUCUCGAAAGAGGCACAGCAGCAACAGUCAUCAAAGGUAACAAACAGCACUUUACAUAACAGCCACCCUCCCUCCUCCAAUGCUUCUACUAGGCCUCCCCAUCCUUCCCUUGCAGCAGCCUCCUCUGUCCUUUUUCCUCCAUCCCACUCUCUGGCCCAGUCCCUGGCUUCCUCCUUGCCCCACCUGCCUCCCACAGCAGAGCGCAGUGCGUCGCACAGAAAGAGGCAGCGGCGAUCUCCCACAGUGCUCAGCAUGCUAAGAGACACCCAGCAGCUGACUAAUGGGCUGCGUAAAACCCCGCCAGGAGACGCCGUUUCUGCUACAGUUAUCAACUUAUCCUCCUCUUCCUCUUCCUUCCCCUCUUCCUCGCACUCCUCCUCUACCUCAGCUGUGCAGAACCAGAAUGCUGCCAUGUUAGAAAACCACCAUCAUCAUCUCCUCCCCGGGCAGAUGCCAAGGCUCCCUGCUCCCCGACAGAUGGCACACCUUUCCAGGCCUCCGAGACAAACUGAGGCUCUGGAUUUCACUACAGGCCUGACACAUUCACCUCUUGGCUUGGACCCUCCAACCCAGCCUCUGUCUGCUCUGUUACACCUGCUCAGUGUGCAGAACGCACAGGCCUCAGCAUUGAACUCUGCUUCAGCUCAGCCAGGAUCUGUGUCUAUUGAAGGAGGUGGACCCACUAAUAAACAGAGCCCCAGACGGUCACCCUCUUCUCCCGCCCCUCACUCUAACGUCAGGCACCCACAGACUCGGUCACCGUGCCGAACCAGUAACACUAAUCUUCUACCCUCGGUGCUACAGCCGCUUUCUCCUCCCCCCACUUCCUCUCAGUUCAGAUCAGUGCAGUCUCAAUCACGUCCUCAGCCUACUAAAUCAAGUCCUCUACAGAGACAUUCUCCUUCUACACUGCUGCCCAACUCAAAUUUAGCUUUACACAACAGCAUCAGCCCAUCGCAGCAUACGUUCCCCACUCCCUCAGACAAGCAUCAACCGACUGAAAAUCACAUUCCUACAAUAGACUCCGUUUCCCAAGCACCAUUGCGGGAAGACUCACCGCAGGCAACGGAUAUUAGUAGUAUUAGCAAUCCUACAUCAGUGGACUUGAGUCAUUCUCAAGGCAGUGUUUCUAUGGCGAUAUCCAGCUCCCCGAAGCCUCUUGACCUUAGCAACCAUGUCCUGGCCCUUCUCGCAGCAUCAUCCACUGUACCCCAGGGAGAGGGCAGCUCCUCCGACCGUACCACUGAUGUUGUGAUGUCUUCCCAAGAAAAUCCAACUGCAGGGCCAGAGGAGCCUAGAUGUGUGGACUCGAAGAUCUCCAUAGUGACCAAACCUCCAGCAGCCACGAGCCCCGGGCCCGCUUUCUCCUCUCGUCUCGUGGACAAUCACAGUCCUCAAACACCUUCAGCUGUGGGCGACUCAACCUCUCCCUUACCUCUGGCAGAGGCCUUCCCCUUCAUGAACCAAGAGCAGCUGCUUCAGCUGCUGUCAUCCACAGGAGGUCUACCAUCCCUCCUGGACCCUACAGUCCUGGCUUCAUUGCAACUAGGGGGGCUGUGGUUGGGAGGGCAACAUGCGCAGAUACCCCCUGCCAAUGCACAACCACCACAGACUCUUGCAGAGCAGCAGCAGCAGUUACUGAUGCAACAACAAGAGACACAGCAGCAAAACCAGGAUCAACAACAGAAGCAACAACAGAUUAACAACAAUCCUCUGUUUCCCUUGUUGCCCUUGUUGAGUGGUGCCCAAGGGGAACUGCCUCUGAACCUUUUGGGCUUACUAAACCCGCUCCCACCCCCUGCCUCAACCCCUACCCCAGGACAGGAAGCUGAUUUAGGGCUAACAGAAAAACCUAGCCUUCAGGCUCUGCUUAUGGCCUCCUUGUUGCUCGGGCAACAGCAGACACCUUUGUUACCUCUAUCUGGGCUGGGUCAGUUGAGCCAGGUCAGCUUGGAAGUUCCUCUCCAGCAGCCACAUAACAUCUCCACCACAUUGGAGGGUCUCACCCUGGAUAAGACCUCUGGCCUCCUGGAUCCAUCAACCCUAUCAGGCGCGGGGCUCUUGGAGGUCGCCCAGAGCCUUCUCCCCAUUCCUCCAGGAGCUGAGGGCUCUAUCCAAGCCCUCCAGUCUCUGCUCCUUCCUGCCUCUCUUCCUCCUUCCCACGCAACCUUCCUGCCCCUCAGCCCUGCCUUGCUCACUGCUGCCCUGAGCUCUGCCGAACUCCACCCACCUCCCCACACCCAAUUAGCUUCUGCACAGCAAACCCAACAUACCCAACCUCAGGUACCCACUGAUGCUGGUGUUGACACCCUCAUCCCCCUAUCUCUUCAAGGCAAGGACAACCCCAUCCUCCAACAGUUACUGCCCACUUUGCUUAAUUCUGCUGUAUUAGGAGACCUUUCUGGCAUCACAGGCCUCCACAACUUGUUGGGGAUUGGAGCAGGUUCCAUCCUCCUACCCCCCGUCCAGACCUCUGCUUUGGGCAUGCCUCUGCUGCAGGGUCCUGAUGGAGCUAUCAACUUGCUCAACAACAUACAGCUAAACCUUGCACCACCCUCAGAAGGAGAGAAGCCAAUGACAUUGCAGGAAGCACAAAGCCCUGCCCCACAGGAAGACAUUCCAGCCUGUCAGAUGGCUGCCGAAGUGGUUCCCAGUCCUGUUCCAGCUCCAGUUUUAGCGCCUGCCCAAGAACACACCCCAACCCAGCAGCGGGUAUCUGAGGGCAGGUCUGUUAUUGAUCCUUACACCUCUUUCAUGGACACGAUUUAUACCUCCUUCCUUCAAGUCAGUGCUAAAGAGCAGGAAGGCAGGGCCCACAUGGGGCCAUCUGACCCCACUUCACCCUUCUGUGCCUUACCACCGGUUUCUUUCCCUGUGGAACACCAUACCCCUGUCCCAACUCUGCCCCAGGCAAGUGCCCCAGUCUCCCUCAGCCCACGUCGGGCUUGUUCCCUCCGCAAUCCAUGCUUAUCUCGACUCAGCUUGGAGGCAGCAGCGCAUUCCCCAGCCCAGGGGACGCCCAAACCCACUGAGGAUGGGUCUACGUCACCCUUACAAAGGAAACCGCUUAUGGUAGAGGGGCAUACCCACCCAGAGCCUCCUUUGCCAUCCAUAUACUUGGAGGAGGCUAAGACAGACUGUACUGGGCCUGCUGCGGCUGUGUGCCCCUAUGUGGAGGCAGGAGUAGAUAGGCAGGGGCAUCUUCCCCACGUGGGGUACCUCAGUCCCAGGGAUGGAUGCAGUGGGAGGACCAAUGAGGAGACAGCUGGGACAUUGCUGCACACCGAACAGGGAAGGGAUCAAGCCGGAGCAGCUGGUGGAGCCAGAAGAGGAAGGAAAAGGAAACAGACGCUACAGAAUGUGUUAGAGGAUUUCAGAGACAUGGAUGCUACAACACUAGAGGAAACCAAGGCUACGACAGCACUGCUGAAGCCUGAGAGGUCAGUCCGCGGCAGGAGGCGACGAGGCGCCAGGUCCCAGAGGCAGUGAUUGGUGGAGGGAGUUGUAAGUCUGAGCUCUUCACCAAUCAAAAGGCGGCCAGAUACUGCCGCCCCCCACCCCCUCAAUCUCUCCACCAUCUUCACCACUGUUUAGACCUUUCUUUUUUUUUUUUUUAUUCAACUGCACUAAUAUUAUGUCGUUGUCAUGUCAACCAUUGUUAUGGCAACCACUAUGAAAAAAAAAAAAUAGAGAGAUCUAGUCUGAAAUGUUAAUUUAUAAAAAGUGGGAGAAAAAACUUGAGACAUUUUGUGGAUACUUUUUCACUUCUCUUAGGUCUAGUUCACAAAAUAAUGGUUGCUUGACAUUGUGAUCAGAUAUCUGUUAAUUAUGGUUGGUGUUAGAAUGAUAUCGAUGAGUAAACACAAAAAAAACGAGAGCACUGUUUUCUUCUCAUCAGUGUAUAACUGAGUCAGGAUGAAGCCCAACUACUUGACUGUGCUCUCUGUUGAAAGUGUGGAUGUGUGUGUCUUUUUAUGUGUCUGAGUGCAUGUUGGACAACAGUGCUAUUGCUGAGCCCCUCACUGUCCGACCGUUAGUAGAAUUUAUUUUCAUUCUAGUAAACCAGACCCUGUCUGUUUGUAAGAUAAAGGGUUCUUUGCAGAGAUUCGCAGUGGUUGUGUAAAAAAUGUUUUUGAAGGGUUUUCAGAAGGUGCUGUAAGAGAAUAUAAGAAGGAACAGACAUGAGCUUUUCUUUUUCUUUCACAGUAUAAAAUAUAUUUUAUAUGGGACAAGCCAAGGAAAUUAUGUUCACUGUAACAGGUUUCAUGAAUCACUUUACAUCAACCUCUGGCCACACAGAAAACACCAUUUUAUCAUGAUUCCACAUGUCCUGUGAGAUGUUUUAAUAGUUUGUACGUCACUAUUAAUUUAAUGCGAAAAAAAGAAGUUCUUUUGGACACCCACUUUGAAACAUGUCAUAACACAUUCGGAUGAGGUAAACCUGACAACAUCCAGUUUUUAUCGUUUGGAAGGUCCACAACAAAUGUGGUAAUAUUCAGAAAAACCUUCAGCAUCAUUUGUCACUUUUUGGCAACCCACUUGCUGUCAUUUGUUGCUCUGAAGAAUUACAUGUAGCUGUGGUGUGUUGGAGACUAUUUAAUAUCUGUUGAUGCACACCAAAACUUUCACUGCCCAGAUAUGAAAUAAAUGUCUGGAAAAGGUAUUUCAUUUUGAAAUGGAAUAUUUGUCGGAAUCCUGAGUUUAUACAAAGUACAGUACAGUAUGUCCUUUCAUUGGCUGAACAAAUGGCUGGAAACCUAAAACACAGGGAGCAAUGACGUCUUACUGUACGUGAAUCUGUUGUGUCCGUGCGUUACUGUGGAUUUGGAUUAAUAUCUUCCCUCUGUCUCCUCUCACUGUUUGAGCUCUCCUCCACACACUGCCCUGCCCCAAGAGUACUGGCAUCUCUUGCUGUAUUUAAAAAAAAUAAGAUAAAAAAAAAAUAAA